AUGGCCGGUUCAUUGCUGUGUGAUGGACGACUGGCACACCUCCUCUUUCCUCUCCUGCUCCUCUUGCGGGCUCCCCUGAUGUUCAGCUUUGGUGAGCGCACCUGCCCCAAUAGCUGCCGAUGUGAGGGGAAAACUGUCCAUUGUGAUUCAGCUGGCUUCUUAGAGGUUCCUGAAAAUGUCUCAGUAGGCUGCCAAGGCCUCUCUUUGCGCUACAAUGAACUGCACACCUUGCUACCAUAUCAGUUUGCUCACCUCAGUCAGCUUCUCUGGAUAUACUUGGACCACAAUCAGAUUUCAGCUGUUGACAGUCGAGCAUUCCAGGGGGUCCGCAGGCUUAAAGAGUUAAUACUGAGCUCCAACAGGAUCACAUCCCUGCACAAUUCAACAUUCCACGGAAUUCCCAAUCUUCGCAGCUUGGACUUGUCCUACAACAAAUUGGAAAUCCUGCAGCCAGGUCAGUUCCAUGGCUUACGAAAACUACAAAACCUACACCUACGCUCAAACGGUCUCUCCAACAUCCCAAUUCGAGCAUUUCUGGAGUGCCGAAGUUUGGAGUUUCUGGAUUUGGGCUACAAUCGGAUCAAGGCUCUUACCCGCACCACCUUUUUAGGGCUACAGAAGCUAAUGGAGUUACAUCUGGAACACAACCAGUUCUCACGGAUCAACUUUUUUCUGUUUCCACGCUUAGCAAACCUGAGAUCCCUCUAUCUGCAGUGGAAUCGCAUUAGGGUGGUCAACCAGGGCCUUCCAUGGACUUGGUAUACACUGCAGAAACUUGAUCUGUCUGGAAAUGAAAUUCAGACCCUGGACCCAGCUGUGUUUCACUGCUUGCCGAACCUUCAAGUCCUCAACCUGGAAUCCAACAAACUGUCCAAUGUGUCUCAGGAGGCAGUGUCAGCCUGGAUUUCACUGACCUCCAUCAGCCUUGCUGGGAACAUGUGGGAUUGUGGAACUGGCAUAUGCCCACUUGUGGCUUGGUUGAGGAAUUUUCGGGGUAGUAAAGACACCACUAUGAUAUGCAGCAGCCCAAAGUAUCUCCAGGGAGAAAAAAUUAUGGAAGCCACGAGGAACCAUGGUAUUUGUGAGGAAACUGAUUAUGUUCUGACGGAAACACCCUCACCAAUGUCUGAGCUCAUCUCUGAGGCCACAGCUGAACCAACCUAUGCCCCUACAAGUGGCUCUCCACCUAUGCCACCAACCAGCACCUUUGGUCCUCCCCCACCAUUCAGACCUCGACCUAUUCCUCAUCCUACCUUGCCAGGGCAUAUGAGCAAAGACCCAAGAGACUCAGUUGCUCGUGCUCGACCCACUGCUGUACCACCCCCAGAUAUGGAGCACAUGACUCUGCACAAAGUGGUGGUGGGCAGCGUGGCACUCUUCUUCAGCAUGUCCCUACUCUUGACAAUUAUCUAUGUGCUGUGGCGGCGCUAUCCCGGCGCAACCAGGUUGCUGCAGCAGCGAUCCAUGGUGGGGCGGAAGCGUCGCAAAAAGAGUCCAGAACCAGAGCAGAACCUGAGCUCCCAGCUGCAAGAGUAUUACAUGAGCUACAACCCUGCUGCCACACCAGAGGCAUUGGAGGUGCUAGGCAAUGGCACUGGUUCCUGCACUUGCACAAUUUCUAGCUCCAGGGAGUGUGAGAAUGAGUUUACGUGUCCACGCCCCCUUCCUGGUGCCUGGCUGGGAGAUGUGCCUACCAUCCAUUGACUGCAAAACAGGAACUUCUUUUGAUGGUGCAGCAAACUACACUGAAGCAGGGAUACAGGAGAGAGACAUAUGCACACUAACCCACCAGGAUCCUACUCCCAUAAUUCACAUUCAAGGAUACAUUUCAAAAACUGGUCCUCCACGCUAACAAGGGCAACCAGUGACCGAGACAAAGAGGAGAUAAUAAUGUCUUUUUCUUUUUCUUAAGAUUUUAUAAUGUCUUUUUUUUGGCCUGUGGUCUUCGGUCAUCAGCUUUGCUGCAUUUAAAUCAUGCUUCAUCACCGUAUAAAUACUGAUACUGAUGGUUGUGGGAAUACAGACCUAUGGUGAGUGGCAGAGCCUUGGAAGAAACACUUACAAUGGAUGGAUUGAUGGAUGGUUAUAGCCAACGUGGGACCUUAUUGUAUAAACUAUAAGAGCUUAUUGUCUCCAUGAGGACAACGUGGUUUUAAACACAAGCAAAAGACACAUUCAAGAGGCUUUAAAAAGAGCAGUAAGCAACUGAGCAAUGAAUCACUGAUGAAAAUGCACUGAACAAAAGGCUCUGACCGCUCUGCGAACACUCCUGUGUAUAAUUUAAAAGUGGAUUUGCAUAUUUUGAUUCCAUAUGAAGCAUCAUGUUAUCAUCUUUCAGUACUUUUUUUUUUUUAAGAAAGACUAAUCAAAAGGCUAGAUGAUGUAAAUGUGCCUCACUGGAGCAGAAAAUUAUGAAAGGAGUCACUGAGUUUCUGUGCACCCGUCAGUAAAGACGAAUCAGGUGGAUAUUGAGUCAGCAGCUGGAAGAUUGUUUGAAGUCUGUGAAGAAGUUGCCAGAGGAAAGCAAACUAUCCCCCAGCCAAUGACUCUUGGUAAAGUUUUUUUUUGUUUGUUUCUUUGCUUUUUUUAAAAGAUUUUUUUUUCUAAGUUGUUUCUAAUUGCAAUCAAACCUCGACUAUCUUAGUUAGAGUUGGAGGACAGAAAGUCCAAUCAGAAGCAGAAGAGGGAAAAAAAAAAAAUUCCUCUCAAGGGGAAAAUGUAAUUUUCUGAAAUUAUAAUGUUGUUAAUGUUGUACUUUAUGAAUAUGUGUUUCUGCCAUUUUCAACACCAAAUACCAAAGAGCCAAAUUGAGCAUUUUUGGCUUUUGGCUCUCCCAAACAUGGGUUAUAACAGAUCCAGGAUUUGCUCUCGUAAAAGAAAAAAAGAAAGAAAAAAUAAGCCUCAACUUCCCUCACGUCAAAGCAGUGCUCCUUUACCAAAUUGGCUUUUUUUUUUCGUCACGUGUGUAAUGUGUGUGUCUUUGUGAACAAACGAUCUUGCGACAAUGGUCUUCAUUAAGAAUACCCAGUCUAAAAGAUCUUCCCGAGCACUGCUUACAUUUUAUGACUUAUGUUGAAUACAUGCUUCACGUUCCUUAAAAUAAUCAGCCCGUCUCUCCCUCGAAGAGAACGCAGAUGUUGCUGUGCGCAGUUCCCUGUGUGCUUGUGUUUCAUUCGUUAUGAGUUCCUUAUUAUAUCUGAGAUGCAUUGAGUUGUGAAUUGUUUGUUUCUACCGUAAAAAAAGAACAAGACAUAAUCUUUCUACACCGGAAAAUGGUAAUUUUCUAUUGUAAAUUUCUGCUUUCCCCCCCUUGAAUUUGUUGAUAUUUAGUAAGCAGCUGUAUUCUUUGUUCACUUUCAACAGUAUGUUUUAUAAUGAAAAUAAGGACUUUAUUGGUGAGCAAUAUGAAUUGGUCAAAUUAAAAUAUUCAUCAAUCAUUUCUUGUGUUCAAGCU